CCGACAUUAAUACUUAUCAAACGAGCCUUACAGUUUCUAAACGCGUAUCUUCCGCAAAGCUGCACGAUCAAUCUCUCCUCCCUUUCGUCGCAACCAUGAAGUGCAUCCUGGUGACCCUUCUCUUGGUAGCCUGUGUCAGCGCAAACGUCAUCCGUGAACGCCGACAACUGACCGGUGGCAGCGCCAGCUGCACCGCUGCCCAGCAAGCUCAGUGCGGUCUUGCCCAGUGUCAGAACAACAAUAACCAGAAUACCCAGGUGAUCACCGGCGGUAACCAGGGUGGUUCGCCCCUGAUCAGCCUGAUCCCCGUCAACGCCCUUAACGGAGCCGGUGUUCAGGUGCCCGUCAAUGCCAACAUCUGCCCACCGGUUUCCGUCUGCAAUGUCUGUUUGGGUGCUAACGUCCUCGGCUAAAACCGUGUUGCCUGGAACUCUUUCUGAUUUUGUAAAAAGGUCAUCAGGGACUGCUUACAGAUAUCAGUGUUCAUAAUAUUUAUGAGCGCUGUUGAAAACAUCGUCAUGCUUUUCGAUCGUGUCGGACAGUCGACAAUUGUUGAUUUGUUGAACUGAUGCAAUAUAAAGAAAAAAAAUGGAAUUAAAAUUAAAAGAACUCUCUUG